AUGAUCGGUUCGAUUCACCCUUCUAUUUGCCAACUCGACAAGCUCACAACGUUAAUCAUACCCGACUGGAAAGGAAUCGCCGGAGAUAGUCCACCGUGCGUAACGGCGUUACUGAACUUAAGAGUCUUCGAUCUCAUCGGAAAUUCGUUGAUAAGGAAAAUUCCAGAACAGAUAGGGAAUAAAAAAAACUCACUGUUUUUAAACUUAGCCGAUAAUAAGCUAACCCGCAAAAUUCCAACCUCUAUUGUCCAACUCUCGAGCUUAAAACACCUCGAUUUAAGCAACAAUCUCCUCAUCGGCGAGAUUCCCGCCAAGUUUGGUAACCUCAAGAUGUUGACUCGUGCGUUACUGAGCCGAAACCAACUCACCGGAAUGAUCCCAACCUCCCUCACCAACAUGUAUCGGUUAGCUGACCUUGAUUUAUCCUUGAACAAGCUGCGAGGUCAAAUUCCACCUCAGUUGGGCAAAAUCAAGAUUGAGAGCUGGUAA